UUUCGUUUUUGAUCGUAGCAACUCGUAGUGUCUUGUUCGACUUGUGGCAGACAUAUUCUGGAAACAAAUUUGAGGAAAUAACUUAGCAAGAUUUAAUUCAGUAAUCAUGCCAGCUCAAAUUGCCGAAGAAGAAAUCUUUAAAACCGCGCCAUUCGACCCUCGUUUUCCAAACACCAAUCAAACUCGUUACUGUUACCAAAGUUAUAUUGAUUAUCACAGGUGUCAGAAAGUCCGCGGAGCCGACUAUAAACCAUGCGAAUAUUUUUCCAAAGUUUUCCAUUCUGUAUGUCCUAACAGCUGGAUAGAAAAAUGGGAUGACCAAAGGGAAGAGGGAACUUUCGCUGGAAAUAUUUAGAUGAUUCCUGUAUUGAAGCAUAUAGUUACUAAAUAGUUGUAUUUAUGAAGACAUGAUUGUGUCAUAUAUAAAUUUUUUUUGUUAAUAUAAACAACGUCUUGAUUUGUUCAAAUUUCAUGCUGUCAAUACAUUCAGACCUUUGUUAAAUUAUACACAAAUAAAAUUAGGUGUUAGUAUAUUCGAGGCGUCGAAUUGCAAGACUCACUGUAUCCAUCUUUCGAAAAUUUUUAGAAUUCAGAAAAACUGUUAAACAGCAACAAAUAAGCUUUUCCAAACUCAUCCAUCACAUCUAAAUAUUGAUAAAAGUUUUACUGCAUUAUCCUCCACAUUGAUUAAUAAUCGUCGAAUGUCAUCGAUCUUUGCUGGUUUCACGGGAUUUCCUUGUGGAAUUAUUUCAGGUAGUUUAACUUUUGAUAGGUUGAUACCCUUCUUAGAAACAAACUUGAAUUGGUCUACAUCUGAGUUGAAGAAAGGCUCUCCAUCACACCGAUAUAUUAGUUCGAGAAGAUUUCCUGAAUAAAAAACGUUUUGCUUCGUUAAAUUGGAAAUACCAACUAGCAAGCCUGCAUUGAAACUUCUCCAAUCGUACACUUCAACUUCUUCCAGUCCUUUAAUAGGAAACACCAGUCAAUCGACUUGGUGUUUGGUGACGCAUUGCAAGAAAAAUAUGUUAACAUAGCUGUCAUUAUCGAAUUUCGAUUCUGUCCUCCACAUCAGCACAGUUCCACCAUCAUGGGGCCUUUAGAAGAUCCCAUCACAAUGGUGAUAUUGUAAAUAUACAAUUGUCUGCUGUACUAUGCACUUUGGUAUUGAAUCUUUGGUAAAACCAAAUUUUUUUGACAAUCAAAUGACACAAUAAGUAGGUUGCUUGGUUCGUCUUUUAGCUUCUUAUGAAAAGCUUUAUACCUCGCUUUGUGAUUAAUCGAUAAUCAACUUAUUUGUUUCUGAUUCCCUCUUUAUUUUCCCUUUCAGCUCGAUGCAUUUGAAACAUGCAUCAGUUAUUGGUGAACUGAACCCUUUGUUGUGUCAAACCCUGGUCAAAAAUAUUUUUGAAAAACGUUCUCUUGGCUUUCAGUUUUAACAAGCUGCUCGUUAUUGUACAUACGCCAAAGCUUGAGCAGAUUUAAGUCACCUGAGACGUAAUGUCUUUGGAUCGACUGAUGCUCUUUUUAUUAAAUAGACCUCUUUUAAUCUAGGUCCUCCUCUCCGCUCCACCUGUAAAUUUCCAGACAGCAAAAAUUUUUUUGAAAAGAGUUUGACCUUGACAAACGUAGAUUGACAAAAACGAAUCGGGAAUUUUUGAGUUCCAGCUUUUCUAACAAAGUAUUGGGUACUCGCCGUUUUUGAUGUAACGUUUUUCUUUACAGGGCGGGAUUGUUUUAUUGGAAAAGAUUAAAUAAAAUUAUCCUGAUGGAUUUUGUCCCUAUGGGAGAAAUUCUUUGAUGUCGUUCAUCGUCAAAGUCAUACACGUAAAUGUUGGCGUGUUUUUCUUUUUGGUUAAACGAUGAUCACAUGUAGGAAAAUCAGGUAUACUUUUUGGAGUAUGCCUAAAACAAUGAAAAUAAUAAAUCUUGAGAAUAACUGUGAAGAAAUAUCAUCAUUAUAUUAUACACUGUGUUUUCCACUGUCUUCUUCUUCUUCUCAUGCCGUCUUUUCAUUGAACGACCACGUCUUUAAAUGCAUCUCUGUCCAUCGCGACAUGAAACAAUUCUCCGACGCUGAGAUUUGUCCAUUCUCUCAUGUUACGGAGCCAGGAUUUCUUUUUCCUGCCGAUACCUUUCUUUCGCUCUACUCUGUCCUGCAUUAUGCUCUGUAGCAGUAGGUGUUUGUCGUUGCGUAAGAUGUUUUUCUUAACUUAAUAAUUGUCAACUGCUUUCUUGCGUCUUAGUAUCUCGUCGUUAGUGAUUCUGUCAGUCCAAGGUAUCUCCAGGAUGCGUCUCUAGAGCCACAUCUCAAAUGCUUCAAGUUUUUUUUAUCAUUUGAUCGUUCAAGGUCCAAGUUUCCACUCCGUACAUCAGUACUGACCACACAUAACAUUCCAUGAAUCCUAUUCUGACGUGAAGGUUUUGAUUUCUGUUUGCAAACCUUGAGGAAUACUUGACAAAUGUCUGUCUUACCUUUCAGCUUUUUGAACAGAUCGUUUCCAUUUUGAAAGGUUUUUUUUGGUGCAGCAUGGGUCAAACAUAUUUCCAUGAUUUAAGAAUUAAUAAUAUCCACGAUUUAAUUAUGACAAUACAUUUAAUUAAAACAAUUGACAUUGCAAAAUUAUCAUUAUCCAUAGCGGUAGAGAGGGCGCUACAUACCAUUAUAUGUCACGGGAAUCUUUUUGCGCGAUCUCGUUGGCUCAGUGGAUAUAGUUAGUACCAGCGUCGCUGCAGUAAAAUAUCAUGAGUUUUGGAAUGACACACGUGUGAAUUUAAUAGGAAUAAAAUCAUUUUUGUAACGACAACACACUGCAGUUUUUGUGCAGAACUUGCAUAGACUCAAAAUCCACCUUGAUAUUGGAAAAAUAUGAAUAUAAUGAGUUUUGCAAUGCCACUCCUAAUUUGUUUCUUUUUUACUCUUCAUUUUAUUAUUAAAAAUGGUAUAAUACUUUCUAUUUAGGUUUUUAUGACUGAGGCUAAUUUGAUAUAAUUAUGAACAAAUUUUUUGGAAAACUGAUGAUGUUUCCUUUGAAACAAGGAAUUUUUUUGAGAUUAAACUUUGAUUUUCGUUUGAAAAACAUAUUUCUCAUUGCGACAGACAAAUAAAAAUCAAAAUUAAUAAAACCCGGCAUUUACAGACUUUAUUUGAGUAAUAAGACCAAGACACUAAGUUUUUAAACUAAACAACUAUCUGAUUUAUGAAUCAGUUGAUGUUUCUGAUAAGGCACUUGAGUGUCAAAGGUCUGAAUUAUUGGGUGUUUUUGUUAAGUACCGUUAACAAUAAGCACUCACUGCACAUGUUUAAAAAAAAUCAAUAGAAACUGUACUGACCACAUAAUCUUGUGUCUCCUGUUCUUUGUUUUGUUUGGAAAGUCAAAAUACGAGAGUCAACCUCCGAUCGCUCCGUGCAGACGCUACGCGGGUAUGCGCUUUAGGUGACUGCACUACACACUCCGCCAAUGUUGAUAUUCAGGCGUCAGUCGGCGUUGUGCUACAGCCACGUAAACAAGUCCGCUAUUAUUGAUGCUCCCGCCAAGUGUGUUUCGUUUUCUACAGGCUGAAGGCCAUUGUGCUGCAGAAAUCCAUCGGAGAAUGAGUCGUGUGUAUAGGGAAAACUUCAUGAGUGAUGGUGUUGUGCGUGAACGGUGCUGAAAGUUUGAAGAUGGUCGUAAUUAUGUGCAUGAUGAAGGGAAACAAGGACGCAAAUAGUUGAAGAAAACCACAGAUUUACCAUUACUGCUUUGUCUACGGAAUUUCCAGAAGUUUUGUACUCUACUUGAAUUCAUUGGCGGUAACUUUCUUUGAAUAGGGUAUCGAAAAGCUUGUUCAUGGGUGUGACAAAUGACGCAAUCUCUUCGUUGAUUAUGUCGAAAAGUAAGUGUACCAAUCUUUUGGUAAUAAAAUUAUUGUUUUAUA